AUAAAAGUUUGUCUAUUAUUAUCAGCGUCAUUGAUUAAAUACACAAACUUUUUUUCUAAAACUUUAAACCCGCAAUCAACGUACUGGUUAAAUUUGAAUAACAACAUUUUGGAAUAAAAAAAUAUAUAUUUAAGUGCAUAACUUUGCUGUUUUUCCUGAGAUUUCUAUUUCUGUCCUCUGGCACAAGUUCACUCUUGCUCUUAUAAUUAUUUUUUCACUAAAUUUAUUUACUUAUUUCAAUGUCAUAAACUUGAACUCAGGAUUAAAUAAGUUUAACUUGGUUAAAAAUCUUUGCUGUAAUCCGAGUUGAAUGCAGUUCGAAGCUUAUUGUGUUAAAACAAUUUAACAGCUUAGACACACCCCCAGCAGAUUGAUCUGUGCAUUUGUAUUAUUUAAAAAAAAUAUUUUUUUUAUACAUUCUCUACAAAAUUUAUUAAAACUCUAAGAAGUGAUUAAAAAAAAAAUUUAAAAUAACCUCUGGCAGAAAUCUUUUACAGAAUUUCAGUUUUAUCCACAGUUUAGUUCUAGCCUUAAAAACAAAAAUGAUGUGGUACAUUAUUAUUUAGAUUAAUUUCAAUUUUAUUUGUAUAUUUUUAGUAAAGAGUAGUCAUUGUCAUUUUUUAAAUUCUGUUUAUGCAGAACCACUUAGACUUUCAUGUGCUUGUUUUUCUCUGCUCCUUAGAUUGAAUAUUUUUUGGAUAAACCGAGCGCACACACACACUCAUAGCCUGUUGGACAGAAUGAUGGCAUUUGGGUCUCGAUCCAGCUCCUGCUUUUUAAUGCAGGUCGUCCUGUGGCGUGACGGUAGGUGGGUGGUGUGGCUCUGGCCUCGGCCCCCUCGCGCCGCUGAAUGGCUGCGAUGGCGCCCGCGCUGACUGACACGCCGGCCGACACUCACCGAAUCCGCCUCAAACUGGCUCCAUCUUCCUCCGCCAUCAACUCAAGUGCCGUGGAGGAAAACGGUGCCGCAGGCCGCGUCCUCGUCCCCACGAACGGCACCGUCAAACGCAAGACCUCGUCCGACAAGGAAGAUCACCUGUCCUGCGCGGCCAGGACCUUCAGCAAGGAGGAAUCGGGUCGCGAUUUGGGCAAAAUCCAGCAGCUCGUGACCUCGUACCGCUGCUCGGAUGAGACCCUGAAACUGCAAAACGUCUUUGACAUCCUGCCUGGUUUCUUGCAACGCAAGCAUGACACCCUGGAGCUGUCGGAGGAGCAACUAAAGAGCAUCAUGAGCGCAGGAAACGGGAGCGGUCUGCCAUCUUUCCAGCAGAGCGCUAGCGUUAACGGCAUGGCUAGAAGAUUCACUAAAGCGAGCAAAGACUCGAACAGCGUAACCAUGAACGGUGGCAGGCACGGACAAGGAGCGAUUCCGCUCGCUCACGGGGGACCGACGAGAGAUCCCACAGGGCAGCACCAGUGUCCUAGAGGCGUCCCGCGGGACCGUCCAAACAAUCGGGAUAUCCGAGAAUCCUCCACGCACUUUUACCCGCCUUUACAAGUUCCAGAUAGGUCACCGUCGCUGACCGUGGAUGUCUCGUUGCCUCCGCUUCAACCGCUCGCCAGCCCGGGAGGAGACAUGCAGAGUCGGUCGCAGCAAGCCGAGAGCCGCCACCUGGAGAUCGAGGGUCGCCUGCAGCGCCUGCGCAAGCGGCUGCAGGUCGUGCAGGCGAAGCAGGUGGAGCGCCACGUGCAGCAGCAGCUUGGUGGAUUACUUCACUGUACACUGGGACCUCAGGACGCCCGGGUUCAUCCGGAGAGGGUGGAGGCCAGCCGCUUCCUGAGGGGCGCAUCGGCGCCAAGUGAGUUGGAGCGACUCUCGCUGGGCUGCAGCACCCACCUGCGAGCGGCGGAAAGUGCCUUCGAUUCGGACGCCACGGAGAGCAGCUCCGGGGGAGAAACGGACGUGGAGAAGGACGAGCUGGCCCGCGCGGACGUCGAGCAGCGACACAUUCCUCUGUGGAGGAGAGCCGAGGGUCGUUAUGCAGUGGAACGCUCCUCCAUCAUCAGUCACUGGAACUGGCUACAGGCUCAUGUCUCUGACCUGGAGUACCGCAUCCGCCAACACACAGACAUCUACCGUCACAUCCGCCUCAGCAAGGGUGCCGUGGUGCUGGGUGAGGGCUCAGCGUGUCCGACAGAGACCAGCAGCAGCAGUCUGUCGAGGACCGAGAGUCUCAGCUGUCCACAGGUGCCUGAUGCCGACGGGACUGAUGGCUCUGUGUCGGCUUUCGGUGUCUCCAUGGAGACGAACCUGAGGAAAAGCUACCCGUCUGUCCGGCAUGUUAAUGGGGUCAUAAACAGUAUGCGUUGCGGUUCUCCCGCCGUGUCUGAGGCGGAGCAGCAGAGGCUGGGUGCUGCAGACCCGACCUGUGUAGCCGCACGAACUCGACCACUCGUCUCUUGCAGGAGGAGACGUCUGAUCAGACCCAGCACACUGUCUCACCUCAACAACAAGAUGCAGCAAGGCCGCUGGUGUGGCUGUGAUGUCAGUAGUCAGUGUGUGAUGUGCUGUAGUCGUCCUGCUCCUCCGUCACACACUCCGUUUCAGCGCCCUCUGCUGGACAGACUGGCUCAGCUCGACCCCUGCGUCCACCCCGUCCUUUCCUUCACAGACGACGUUGGGAUGGGUCUGCACCUGCAGCGUGUGAUGAAGUGUCACUGGCAGGGUCGUCCCCUGGACAAGAUCAAACCCAUCAAGAAGCUCUCGCUCAAACACCCAAAGUUCUCUCCGAGCGGCCGCCUCAUCGAUCCUUCACCAUCGGCUUCCUCAUCCUGCCCCAAAGACAAGCUCAAGCUGUCCAGCUCGCUCUUCUCCACAGUCCGUUUGUCCCAUCACAGAAUGAGAUCAGACAAGUUGUAUCGACACCAGCAGAGUGACGGCGAGUCUCGUCAGCUGUACAGAGCGGAGCGCAGUCACACUCGCAAAAGACCCCGAGAACACUCGCUGGAGCGCGACAAUGUCAGUAAGGUCUACAUGGAGGUGACGAGCCCGAGUUCCUCUCUGACCACGCCCACUCUCAGUCCUGUAGUGAGACAGCUGUCGUCCACGGAGAUCUCUACACCCUGCAGUCUCACCACCACACCGCAGGCACAGCGUAAGAGAAGAGUGGAGAGCUCGUUUGACAUCAACAACAUCGUCAUCCCCAUGUCUGUGGCAGCGACCACAAGAGUGGAGAAACUGCAGUACAAGGAGAUCCUCACGCCCAGUUGGAGAGAGGUGAACAUCACAGCCAAACGCAUUUCUGAGGAGGAUGAUGAAGUGGAGAUUGAGGAUUUAUCAGACGCGAUGUUCUCUCAGCUUCACCUCCCUUGUGAGGAUCAGGAACGUUCUCGAUGGACUUGGACAUCCAGUUCUGUUGCCAAAAGGAGGGGCAGCCGAUCGUACAAGUCAGUGGACGGACGCAGCACUCCGCUGCUGGGUGGGACAACCCCGUCCACGCCUCAGCCCUCGUCCCCUGACCCCUCCCACUUCCCACUGCUGCAGGACUACAGCUCGGCGCCGUCGCCCUCACCCUCCAGCCCCGCCAGCCCGGAACUGCUCACGCUUUCUCACAUGCACACGCCCGCCUCCAGGGACUCCCACAGGCUCCUGUCGAGCGAGGACACACGCUGCUCCACGCCCGACACCAGCUACGACGAGACGCCCGUGCUUCCGUGGGAGCGCAGAACGUUCCCGCUGGACGCAGAACCGGCGCCGGAUCAGCAGCUCCAGGAGCAGCAGGCGAGUCCGGGAGGCGACCGCACGUUUCGAACCGCGAGGCGGAUCUCCGGCUGCCGGAGCGGGUCCAGGUCCGAGUGCGAGGGCGAGCCUCCGUCACCGCUGGCUGAGGACGCGGGACGCCACAGGAGCAACUCCUACAGACACACACACUGCUGAAACGUUCUGUACCCUGUCAAGACUCGAGUGUCUUUCUUUCUCUCUCACACAUACACACACACACACACACACCUUCAGCUUCAGCGUCGUACAGAGCAGUUUAUUAAAGCUCCUGCUGUUUGAUAUUCAAACAUCACUUAAUUCUUUCACAGUUUUCAGUGAAUUUGGUGAGUUAAAGAUUGGAAACAAGUAGAGAUUACUUUGUUUGUUUGUUUGUUUGUUUGUUUUUUUCUUUCCACUGGAAGUGUAGAUUAAGUAAGUAAGAUGCGGUGGUAAGCUGGAAGGGGCGGGACACCGAGACUCGGUUCAGUUUUGUCCCGAUCAUGUGCACUUGCUUUGCUUUGGAACGGACUGAAGAGAUUGUAAACCGGCGGGUUGACCCUGAGCUCCCUGUUGUUAGUGAUUGAGGUACAACCCAAAACCACGCACAUGAACGUCUGACCAUCAGGCUUAUUAUCAUCAUUAUUAUUAUUAUUAUUAUUAUUAUUAUAAUUCAUUUACUUAUUUUUUUUCCCCAGCACUUAUAUUCGUUGAUUCUCACGCGGGUCCAGCUUUAACUCACACCUCGAUUAAUCGAGUCCGCCUUCAGGUUUAUUUACGCAACGGCAGCAUUUUAAUAUUCUUCCGAGACUCCAUGGUGUUUGAUUCCGUUCUGUUCGUCCCGCUCACGACUGCAGCACUUACUUUCCUUUUAUUUCAUCCUGCUGCCCGAAAUAAGAAAGCCGAUCCCCGUUAAACGCAGGAGAGCGUCCUCCGGCUCGGACCGUCCUCCGGCUCGGACCGUCCUCUCCUUUGUUUGUAUUUGCACUCUGACGCUCAGCACUCUUCUGUUCUCCGCACAUCAUUCCAUCGCGCCGGGUGAAACAACGCCCACGUGGCACUUAAUGCCAAAAAAAAAAAGGAAGAAAUCGUGUUUGGUUGCUGAACCGCUUUUUUUUUUGCUGCGUCACUCAUUUCUCUUCGCUCCGCCCCUUUUUAAUUCUUUUGCAACUUUUCCCAAACUGAAAUAUUUCACAUACAUGCAGCACUUUUUAAUUUUUUUAUUAUUAUAAUUAUUUUCUUUUUUUUUAUUAUUAUUUUUAAUAACAGUGCUGUCCUCCUUUUUUGAAAUCAACCUGCGUUCGAUUCUUGGCUAAAACAAAGCACGUUAUGGAUCGAUGAGGAGGCGGGGCUUAAACUUCAAAAUGUACAAAUCUGUACAAACCUCCACAGAAAAGCUCCAGAUUCACAAUCGAUUAUGUGUUUUUCGAUUAUCAUAGGCAAUGUUUCUAUGACGUAAUGACAUUGUUAGGUCUAAUCUGAUCAACGGAGAGCUACGCUUCCUCUCUAGCAAUGUUAGAAAAUUUUGUAUUUCAGGUUUUUUCCAGUGAAAAUGGUUCCUCGUGUUCCCAGAACCUUCUUUUACAGUCCUGGAACAUGGCCGUGCCAUCGGGAAAGAAAAAGUCGCAGACCUGAGCGACUGAAGAACCCCAGAUCAUAACACUGUCUCCAGAUGCUUGUACAGUGGACAGUAUGCGACUCUCAAUCUCAUGGCCAUGUGAGGAAAUUGGAAAGACGAGGGGGCGGAGCUAAAACGUAUUAAAAAAAAAUAUGAAAACGUGAAAAUCUGUACGAACUUUCACACAAAGUGCCACCUUUCUGUGUCGAGCUACAGAGUCACAAUCGAUCAUACAGUUUAUGAUUUUGGAAAACAAACGUCAGGAAAUGACAAAAUGCCAUAAUUAGGUCUAAUCUGAUGAGUGGAUGUCAGAAUUUUAGAUUUUUUUUUGUUUUGUUUUUUUGCUUAUUUAUGUUUUCUCACCAUUGACUUUCUCACUGCAUCUCAUUUCUCUUCUGCGUUUGGUUUGUUCAGCUCUUUCUCCGCUUCGGAAGCCUUCGCCUUUCUCACGUUCUUCCCUGAUUAUUCUUGUUUUGUUUUGUUUCAAUCCACUGGACGGUCCGUAACGCCGUUUGUUACACCACGGGAGUAUCUCGUACUCGGGUCUGAACAUCAUUACAAUGCGCACUCGUUUACCAGUAGGUUUUUUUUAUUAACCCUUUAAAAACCAACGCCUGUGUGUCUGAGUCAGAGUGAGUGAGUGAGUGAGUGAGUGAGUGUGUGUGUGUGUGUGUGUGUGUGUGCGCGAGCGCGGUGCAUGGUGUAAAAAAAACGAAAUAAUAAUGCCAUGAAAGAAUAUCUGCUACAGGCCCGUUUUUUUUUUGGUUCCUUUUCUUUUGAUUAAUAAACACGCCUCCUGGUGGCGACGGUCCGAUCAGCGAGUGGUGAAUUUGACUGGGGUUGUUGGGUGGGGAGAGAGCGAGGGGGGGAAGUGGGGGAGGAGUUUGGGUGUAGGAGGAGUCUGGUGUAUUAUUUAGCAUGUAAUAGUUUGUAUUAUAUAAAAAAAGAGUAUAUUUUGUAAAUACAUUAUUUGAUUCUUUACCGUGUUUGAUUUAAUUUUUUUUUGUUUUUUUUUAGUUUUUUGUUUUUUGAGGCUGUAGCUGUCCUGAUUGUAUAGCGAGAAGACGCGUACAAAAAUAUUUAACAACUUUCUUUUACGGAAAAUAAAAGUGUAUGGAUCAUUGGCCAAUCUGACAGCGUUUGUGCUUCUCCAAAUUAAAAGUGAAUUAUAUUGUAUCA